UGCAAAUACUUAAUUGUUCACUUUAAUCAAACUAAGUUAGAUGUUUAAAGUUCAUUCUUAUGAUUUCAUUAUCUGUAUAUAAAUACAAUGGGAAUGAAUUGCUUACUAUGUUAUAAGCAUAAUGAUAUUACUACUUAUUACUACUAUUAUUUUUGUAUUAUUUGUGGAUAAUGAAAACUGUCAUCUUAUUCAACAAAACAAAACAUAUUUUCAUCCACUUUCUGAUAAAUUAAUCACAUUUAUCAAUAAACAUCCUAAUUCUGGAUGGAAAGCCAAAAGAACAAGUCGAUUUAUUACAGUUCAAGAUGCUAAAUCAAUGAUGGGUGUUAUAUUUGAAGAUAGUAAUCAAAGAAAAAGAAUACGUCCAACAAUCAGUCAUGAUAAUGUUAACAUUGAAUUACCAAAAUUCUUUGAUUCACGUAAACAUUGGAAGAAUUGUUCAAGUAUUAAAACAAUACGUGAUCAAUCUUCAUGUGGUUCAUGUUGGGCUUUCGGAGCUGUUGAAUCAAUGAGUGAUCGUAUCUGUAUUCAUUCUAAAAAUAAAAUCUCUGUAGAGUUAAGUGCUGUUAAUCUAUUAAGCUGUUGUACAAGAUGCGGUUUUGGUUGUAAAGGUGGUAUUCCUGGAAUGGCAUGGGAUUAUUGGAAAUAUGAAGGCAUUGUUACAGGUGGAUCAAAUGAAACACAUACAGGAUGUCAACCAUAUCCAUUCCCUAAAUGUAGCCAUCAUUCAAGCUCGAGAGGUUAUCCACCAUGUGAAAGUUAUAAUUUUUCAACACCAGAAUGUCAUGAAACUUGUCAAGAUGAUUAUGGAAAACCUUAUAAAAAAGAUAAAUUUUAUGGUAAAAGUUCCUAUAAUGUAGCCGGUGAAGAAAUUUCAAUUAUGAAAGAGAUUUUAUUAAAUGGUCCAGUUGAAGGUGGAUUUUAUGUUUAUGAAGAUUUUCUUAAUUAUAAAUCUGGUGUUUAUAAACAUAUCACUGGUUCAUAUUUAGGUGGUCAUGCUAUACGUAUCAUUGGUUGGGGUAUACAACAAAAUCAUAUACCCUAUUGGUUAUGUGCUAAUUCAUGGAAUAAUCAGUGGGGUGAUAAAGGAUAUUUUAAAAUUUUACGUGGCACAAAUGAAUGUGGAAUUGAAACCAUGGUAACAGCUGGUUUACCAAAUUUACAUAAAUAAACAAAAAAACCCAUUUCAUCAUUCAUUUAGAUAAACAAAUUAAGAGCCAUGAAGUACUAAGAUUCUAUUAUAGAUUAGUGUUAUGAUUUUGUAUCCAUGUAAUGUUGUCAAUAAAAAUCCAUGAUGAGUU